UAAUGAGAUUACAAAUGAGAGGUUGAGUCUAAAGUAGAUGCGCUAAAUUUCAUUUUUUUAAACUCUUUUUCGUGCUGAAACUCAGAAAGAUGAGUUCCCCAUCGAAGAGGAAUGGUUACAGCUUUGAAUCAAGAGAUACAGUAUCUUGUGUAGAAUUUUCAGCCUUCGAACACUCAUCUUCUCUCAUUGCAUUUGGGGGAGAUCUUCGAGUUAGCAUUGGGACAUGCAGGUUUCAGGAACAAGACAACUCCCUUGCUGGAUGUGACUACCAGCAUAUUCGGGACUUCCAUCAUCGUACCAGAGUAAUGAGCAUAGCAUGGAGUCCACAAACAGCAUUGGAUGUCCUACCUCGGUGUAUUAGGUUUUGCACAGCUGGCAUAGAUCACAAGAUAAGAAUAUUCACUUCUGACCUGAAAGAUCAAGACACUGUCAAGGUCAUCCGAGGUCACCAAGACUUCAUCAACUCUCUGACCUUUGAACCCAUCAAAGGAGAAUUGAUCGCGAGCGUGAGCGACGAUCAGACCUGUAGACUGUGGGAUCAUGAUGGCCGACAGAGGGCGCUGUUUCCUCUGAAGUCUGCGGGCAUGUCUGUCUGCUGGAACCAGAGCGACCCCAAUAAGCUUAUGGUAGCUGAAAAGGGCGGAACCCUACGCUUCUAUGACCUAGUGAGUGAGCAGCCGUUCAUGUCGCUUGAGACCGGUAGACCAGGUCUCAUGUGUGCAGACUGGAGCCUCUGUGAUCCUACCAGGGUUGGGGCUAUCGUCAGUGGAGAGUGGAUGGUGUGGGACAUCACAAGGUCAAGUCAAGCUCAAGAUUCUGAGUUGGCUCAUGGUGAAGGAGGCAAAGAGUUCCGAUGGUGCAGAUCUAGCCCUAACCUGUUUGCUACUACAGGGCGUCCCAACAAUGAAGCCAAAGUCUACCACUUAGGGCAUCACCAGGUCCCUGUCACUGAGAGUCUACCAGUGCUAGGUGGUCUGUCCUGGCACGCAUUCUUACCAAUCUGUGCUGUCGGGGGCGACAGGAGGGUCCACUUGUUUCCGGCCGAACCUUGAUCCUCAGGCAAUCCUCGAAGACUUCUGGACCAACGGUCAAGGAUCAAGAACUCUCAUUUGAAAGAUCUCCAACGUCUUACCCAGUUCGGUUGGGCACCAGCAAAAUAUUGGAACCUCAUAAUCAUAAUCUCAUUGGGAUGAUGAGAUCGCAAGAACUAUCUUCAGUCAGUUUCGUAAUAAUGAAAAAAAACUAAAGGAAGCUGAGUUUUGGAGAGGAUGGACUAUUUUUGAAAAUUUGCGAGCAGACAAGAGUGAGACCAGAGUCAACGUUUUCUUAAAGAGUUUUGGUUUUUAUAGAUUCUGCAUGUACAAAGGAAACUCAGACAGAAUCUGCUUGAAAAUUGGUAGAAAUCACGAUGCUGAAAAAAAUUAAAGUACAAUUAUUUAUCUAAAACUUCAAUUUUGGGGUGAAUUUUGUGAGUAUCCAGCCCCAGCUCACGAACUCUAUGCCAGUUAUUAAAUUUUUGUAGUCAGCAGUGUUCGGUGUCCUAAAGUGGGGAGUUUAGGAUACCGAUAUGCUUGGAUAGUCCCAUCCCAAUUUGUAAAUGUUCCACCCUCGUUUUUUUCUGUGUUGACUUCACUCCUUGACCUCCUCAAGGCUCAUCCGUGAUGAAUUAAGAGCAUUAUAAACGCUUCAAAUGAACAAGGAUUUCGCUUUCAGACUGAAUUCUGACUUUUUCAACAUAUAUCUUUCGUUAUGUAGGAAAGGGGUCACUCUAGAUGAUUUUCAGACUUUAAUUAAUAAGCCUAAGUGGCAUCCCUGCCUAAAUAACAGAAGGCCGUAGUUUGCCGGCCUUUAGCCAAGUCGUAUGUUGAAAGUCUAUGGGACAAACUAUUAUCCAGUAGCCUCAUGACUCUAAAAUCGUGGUCUCGACCCUUCCGUGGCUUGCUACUAAGAUUGAACUGCACUACUGAAUGUAGAAAGUAGUGGAUGAGAUGGGG